CUCUUAAAUAAUCCAUGAAUUGAAUAUGAGUCAAUGCAAAAAGUAGUAGUGAAUAAGUCUUCUAUACCCCUGGAGUGGGCACAUUCAUUCAUUCAUUCAUUCAUUCAUUCAUUCAUCAAUCUGCUUCGGAGGAAGAGUGUAGCGAUGAAUCUGUCACAGAAGGAGAGCAGCGCGAAGGGCUUACUUUGUUUACUUCGUCGAUCUGCAAGACUGUCGGUCAUUUCUGUGCAAUAAUACAUAGUUCUGAGAAGUGAUGGCGUAAGGAGCGAUAGAAUAAUUAUUCUAGUUAAGGCGGAAUCCCAAUCUGAUCUUGAAUCAAUCAAUUCUGUUUCUCUCCGAGGAGUUUGUAAUCCGAUACGAAUUCUGUCUCUGUGUGGUGAUGUUUUCUGGAGGCGAGUGCGAGACAGAGACACUUAUAAUCCAUUCUGAGAAACCCGUUUUCAACGCUGUUGCUCAAUAUUGCCACAACUCAUAUUAACACUUGGCAGGAGGUUUCCUUCUUUUCUAAUUCCGAAUUAAAGAGCUAGGUUUGAUUGUUUUGCAGAGUCUGGCCAUUAGAAAUAGAAUUAGAACCUACUAGUAAAUAAAAUAUGUGCUUUGAGAACAGGAGACACGACGGAAACUUUUUUUCUGAAUCUUAAUGUAGUUUUUCUGGUCCUUAUGUACAACUUCUUGGUUGAUAUUAUUUCGUAUUCUUAUCUUCGGCAAGUCCAAGACCAAGCACUACUAGAAGACUAUCUCAUCUGUCUUCAUCAAGACUAAAAGUCAUACUACUAGAAUUAAGAAUUAUUAGAAUAUAAUUCCUACAAAGAAGAUGAGCAAGGCGAAGCAUCAACGUCGCUUAGACCAAACUGGGGUCAUGGACGAUCAACUACAUACUCUCCCAGACCCCAUAGGCGCCCCAUUCAUCGAGGAUGAUGAGGCUGACCGCUACUACCGCGAAGACGGUUUCCUACCAGCAAUCAAGGUCGACGAUAAAAACAAGAGACCGCGUCGUGAUCAUUCUCGUGGAGGUGGUCGUGGAAGUCGCGUGUCUUCAUCCCUUCUGGAGGAAGGCUAUGAAUUGCAACAAGUAAAACGCGUGUCUUCAUCCCUUCUGGAGGAAAGCUAUGAAUUGCAACAAGUAAAACGGCAGAAGCAGUUUGCGGAGAAAUUGAUUGAACUUUGUGACGUCAGUCAUGCUUCCAUUCGUCAAGCAGGGGGAAGUGAGUAUCCUGCUCUACGCAGAACCUUCUUAAGCCUCUUUGACGAGAAAGCGCAUCUUCACCAGAACAAGAAACAGAACGAGGGUUCAACUACUACAAGAACUACGGAUCCAGUGCUAAGCCUUGACGGACGUCCACAGGUGUACCACUACGUAGAAGUGGAAGUAUUGGAAGUGGACGAAGCAGGUGAAGAAGACGCUGGUCGUGAGCAAAACAAUGCUGGUGACGAGGCAGGUGAAGAAGACGCUGGUCGUGAGCAAAAAAAGGCUGCCGUUCUUGCAAACAGUCGAGGCAAUGCCCAUAUUGGCAGCCUCGGUAUUGGUUUGGCACUUGUGACUGCUGUUGCUCCAGGAGCUGUCGGAAUCCCGAAGAAAGGUGGAGAAGCACGACGUCAUUCCUCUACUAUUUCUAAGAUGGACCUCCAACUAACGACUUCGACAGGAGAACAAGACGAUCAUGGCAUCAACGGCCGCAAGCCAGAAAAUGAAAAUUCUAGGACUACAAGAACUCAAGAGCAAGUAGAUGUCGAACGGGAUUCCUCUCGACUAUUCGUUGAUGGUCCGGAGAUGCUCGACAGCGGUGUCUAUGAUGAAGGAAUGCAGCGUAGAGAAUUGCCUUCAUAUGUUGAGAAUCAGGGAGAAGAGGGUCAAGGUUCAUACGUUGGUGGAAGCAUAGGAGAGGGAGGUGAAGAUGAAAUGCGUUCUUCGAGUGUGGCGAUGAUGUUUUUGCCAGCUGAGGGAGCUUCAGGUUCCUCGGAAGAAGGCUCAGGGGCGUCUUCCAAUGGCGAAGAAGUUCAACCUGUGCACACAGAGAGCCCUGAUGAGGACGCUGUGGUCGGUGCCAGUACUAUUGGGCCUGGAUCUGAACGAGAACCGGUCGGUGCCAGUACUAUUGGGCCUGGAUCUGAGCAGGACGUUGUCGGUGCCAGUACUAUUGGGCCUGGAUCUGAACGAGAACCGGUCGGUGCCAGUACUAUUGGGCCUGGAUCUGAACCGGACGGUGUCGGUGCCAGUACUAUUGGGCCUGGAUCUGAACGAGACGCUGUCGGUGCCAGUACUAUUGGGCCUGGAUCUGAACAGGACGCUAUCGGUGCCAGUACUAUUGGGCCUGGAUCUGAACGAGAGCCGGUCGGUGCCAGNCUGGAUCUGAACAGGACGCUAUCGGUGCCAGUACUAUUGGGCCUGGAUCUGAACGAGAGCCGGUCGGUGCCAGUACUAUUGGGCCUGGAUCUGAACGAGAGCCGGACGGUGUCGGUGCCAGUACUAUUGGGCCUGGAUCUGAACGAGAACCGGACGCUGUCGGUGCCAGUACUAUUGGGGCUGGGUCGACUGAGGUAGAGGAAGUCGAGGGUGACCAGGAUGCUCUAGUUGAAGAAGAAGUUGUGGAGAAUGGUGCAGAGGCUUCAGAUGACGCUGCGGAGGUCCUCGGAGAAGAUCAACAACAAGAGGAUGCUCCAGUUUCUAAUGAAGCCGAUGCCUCUACAAGUUUGAUUGCGGUUCUUGACGUGGAGGAGGACCUUGAUCUUCAAUAUACUACUACUACUACUACUACUACUACUACUACUACAUCUCUGAAUGGAACCAUUCCUCCACCUCCAGCAUCUCCGAUUGUACCAGAGAGCGCUGUUGAUGCAACAAUUCCACCUCCGCCAUCUCCUGUAGAAGGACGAGACAAAACAAAGGUGCUGGUGCGUCCCAGUACAACUUAAGGCUUUGGGCAAUCCAUCCUCAGAAGCAUCUUGAGACCUUUCUCUAUAAGGGGAAAGCGAGGGAUGACUUCCGAGAUGGAUUCCGGGAAGCUCUAAACAACAAUCCCUACCCGUGGAGGCGGCGAAAGACCUAGUACAACGACAACUCGUGGUGAGGUGCAGCUGCGACCUAGUACAACAACAACUACUACAAGUUCCUCCCGUGCUGAACUCGUCCAAGAAGGAGAUGAAACUUCAAGUGAGCAAGACAAAGAGGUUCAUCUGGUUGAGGGGAAUAUCCGCGACGGCGCGGAAGGCGAACAGUUCCCACCAGAGCAUGGCGAGGAUGAAAGUGAAAACGAACAAAGCUCUUCCAGUGCACUACCUGCGGAAGCUAGAAGUUCCUUCGGAAGUAGCUACAGACCCUCAGAGACAUCCAUUGCACUAUCUGCUGAGGCUAGGAGCCCUCUUGCAAGGAGUAGAGCUUCAGAACAUCAGACAAAGGGAAAGAUGUUGAACGCCAAGCCCAAGGGGGCUCAAGCUCCACAACACGGAUCUGAAAGAUUUCCAGAUUUAGGAGUAUUCCACGAAAGCGAGAGCAUUUCAAGCGAAGAUAAAAUUCAGUAUGAAGAGGCAAGUGAAGAUGGCGCGGACUGUAAUGAACCAGCACCUCAUCAUGAUCAUCUAGGUGAGCAAGACGAAUUUGGAUCUCUUCAACAGCAAGAACAAUAUGACGAUGGAAACUGUUCGAUCAGCGAAGAGGACAAUUUGAGCCCAAUGUCUGGGGAUGAGCACGUCGCUAACAACUCGAAGAUUGACUACAUUAUGGCUACCGCUGUCGCAUCCGCAGCAUCGUCCUACUUGGCGCUUUUUCUAUUUGAAAAAAACACCAAGGAUGCUCCCAAGGAUGCCAAAGCGGUAGAAGCUCGAAUUACACCAACAAUCAGGGUCAAAAGUUGCUGAUUUUGCAUUCCUGGGAAGUGAGAUCCGACACGAUGACAUCAUCAGCUUCAGCACAAGUGGGAUCGGCUCACGGAGAUGAAUCCCGCAGCACUGCUGCGGAAGAAAGAAUGCAAAGUGUGGUAUUUUCAGAAGGCAAAGAGCAGCUAACAUUUUCACUCCCUGAAGAAUUCAAGAAAACACGAUUUGCUGUGGGAGAUCGAGUCGGAUUAUCUCUGCGACCUAUGAAGGGCUUGCCGAUGAUGCCAUUACCACCUGGAGAAAGUGGAAGUCUCAACUCUUCUCCAGAUGCUGAGGAACAGAAUGCUCGCUGUCGAAACCAUAUGGUUUUGUCCAUCUACCUGAAUGGAGUGCGACUGUUCUCCUUAGCUGUGCCAAGGGGCGUAGAGCUCGGGGAAGAAACCCUGAACACCAUUUUCGGUACAUGUAACGUAGCCACUGGUGCUGGAGGUGGUGGGACAAAUAGUACCACUUCUACAGUUGCGAAUUCUGUCAACAUCGACCAUACAUCAUCAUCCGCGAAACCAAAAAGUACCCGAGCAAAACUCUCCUCUGUGCCUCUCCGGCUUGCCGCUCAUAUAGAAUUGUCUGGCUAUGUGAAGCGUUGCCGGUUAGUUCCAAGCGCUCCUUAUCCAGCCGCGGCUAAUGACUGGUUCUUUAAUCCUAUGCAAGAAAAAAGUGCACUCACAUUCAAAAAAUUGGCUAGGAUUUAGGUAGGAAAAACAUAAGCAAAGUAGCUACUUUCUCGAGUGUGAGAGCGAGUGCACUUUUUCCUUUCAUAAACCCUCUUGCGCUGUGCGUGCAGCGGUUGGAAGAGAAUUUGGUGACCGUACCUGGAAGUGCAGUGAGUCGGAGUCCUAGAAGCAGAUCUGACAAAGCUCCUAGAGAUAAUCUUCCUCAUAUGCAGUUGUUAGUGUCUGCCUCUUGUGAGUCGCAACAACAACAAGAUGUAGUUGGAGGAAGCUCUUCUAAUGGACGCGACACUAGAGGUCGCGACCUAUCCAGCUUUGUUUUGCCAGCAGAGCCUGCCGAGUACAUUCCUGCUUCGCUAAGCUCGCGGUUCUCUGGUUCGUUCUACAUUUCCUGUCUAAAACAAGCAGGCACAACUUAUGUUGAACAAGGUCGUGGUCUACUUGAGGAGCAAGGUGGUCUUGGGCAACCCCAGUUUUCCGUGACUCAACUAACUGGCAUUUUAAAUUCUGUUCGGAACCUGAUUGGGACGUUCCUGGGAGAUUGGCCUAUGGUGGCGGUUGAUGGUGAACAGAGCGGCGCUUUAUUGGGUAAAUCGAGUCAAGUGUUGGGAGAGGUCCCCGCUUCGCUCCGAGCAAGAUUGGGCCAUAGCAUCGCCACCUAUUACAAGCAAGUUCCCGCGGUGAGGGAAGAAAUCCUGCUUUUCAUUUUGGGUCAAAUGACGAAGGGAAGAGCCUAUUUUGCGGACAAGGUGGCUGGGAAUGCUGGUUCUUCAGGUAAUGAUGGACCGCCAUACAACUCCGGGUACAGCGGUGGGUGGGGCCCCCCACCAGAAGAUCAGCUUUACGCUUCUUCAAGAUUUCUGUCUGCAAGGAGUGACUUUUCAUCCGGAAGGAUGUCUUGUCAAGAAAGUACAACAAUGGUGCUGAGUGGUGAUAUGGGAAGCGGAAGGGGAGGUGUGCCAAGAUUGCCAUUGUCUUCUCUCUCUCCACCCAAUGGAGCUGUUCCGGUUCAGAAUGUUUACGGUGCUCCUCUGGGUUUUUCUCCUGCACCGCGCUCGUCAACUCCUUUGUCAAAUAAGACAGUCAUCGAAAGCAUCCUCUUGUCGCAAAUUCACGGUGUCUUGUUAUUGAAACUCUUGCUGGGUACCGUCGUGACAGCACAUCAUGACAGAGAUUCAGCUGCAGUCGUAGUCGGUGAAGACCUCGCACGUGCUCUACUGCCCGACUUCUUGCAUUCUCUUCUUACCGUAUGGCACUCCAUCGUCCAAACCACGGCAUCGCCAAUGCAGAUGAACAUGACCGCUCAACCGGCACGAGGCGUCGGUUUGAACUACAACCUUUCGAGGAUGCGACCGUCCAAACGAGUGCAGAAAAGCUUAGCGCCACUACUGAAAACACUGGAGAAACAGUGCGAGGGCUGUUUAGGCUUACUGCUCGGAGGUGCAGGAGGAGGAAAAGCAGGAUCAUCUUCAGGAGCAACAACAACUCCGUCUAAGAACACUACAGGGUUGGCUAAAUUGCGAUACGACAGUAUUAUCGCCGCGCUUUAGAUGAAUGAAAAUCAAAGGAAAAUACGCUCGGUGGUCUUCACCGCCACUGCGGUGUCAUGGCCAAUAUUUAGUUUAGAACAUUUGGGCAAUUGUACAGAUUCAGACUACUGCGUAGAUCUAGUGUGAUAGGCAUGGGAUCAAUCACAGUUUGAUUUAGAAGAAUUGGAAAUGAAUAGCCUCAACGUAAUUGAAGAUAAUUAGCGAGCAUAAUUAGCGAUACAGAUAGAGAUAGUUAGUGAUAAUUUCUUUUUAGUUUCUUGUAGACGAGGACGAUCUUCCAGCAGAAAAAUCUAGAUCAUUUAAACAGACACGCGAAGGAGUACACAGACAAAAAAGACCUAAACGGGAUCCGGCACCGCACAAGCCCCCAUGAGGAUCACCAAACUGAUCUAGAUAAACAGGGAAAACGAUGUUCAAAAGAAGUGGCCCAUCAUGAUCUCCUAAAUCUAAAGUUCUCGCAGGAUCUAAGGUGCUGGCAGCGAUCAUGAAGCCAAGAUCAUGGAGAUUUAGAGACGAUACUGUGCACUACGUGGUCUCUAGUUGAACUAGAGACAAUGUACACUAGCAAGCUGCCACUACUUUCACCUGAGACACAACUACGAAAGCACAACUCCACACGACCUUGAGCGUGAGCCACCUUUCAAUACGCCUCCUCCUUUCAAUACUACACCAAAAUUCAGCCUCUUG